AUGCUAGUCUACAAAAUGCAACAGGCUCUCUUAAUGGCCAUCUUUCUUUUCGCUAGCGUUUCUCUUGCGGUCGGCCCAGUCCCAGGGAUGGGGUCAGUCGUGGAAGAAAGAAACGGCGCUAACACCAACUCUGGUGCAGCCGGCGGCGCUCCCAAACGGAUCUUCGAUUUCACCUUAACACCCAACAUGAAAACUGCCGACCUUGAUAACCCACAAUCGGCCUUGAGCAAACUGAUUGCCUACAUUGUCAAAAGCGCUGCGAAGGCAUCGACAUAUGUCUCAAUCCUCCACCCAAGCAACGCGGCCUCGCAAAUCCAGCUGGCGAUCCGCGACGAUUCCAUCUUUAUUCCAGGUGGCAACCCCGCCAAUGCUCAGCACGGUUUCAGGCGAACUGAUGUCAAUCCUGCUAUUGACAAAGCUACCACUCUCACUGGUAUCACAACUUGGUAUCAGACCAUUCGAUUGGACUCCAAAGCACCACUCGUACUUACCCAUGGAUACUUAUUUGCUAGCAUUGAAGUACCUUCUGGUGACCACAUUUUCGACAUCUUCGGCGGGUCAAAUUUCGAUCCUCAAAACACCGACCACAAGCCCACCAGCAACAGCCAAACAAUCAGGGUGCGAGACUUCAACACCAAGACCCUACUAUCGCUCCCUCUGAAGUACGAUCAAGACUAUAACUUUGCCGUCACCGUUGACUGGACUCAAAAUACGCUCACAGUCUACUCAUCCAUCGGCAAUCAGCCAUUACAAAAGGCCGGAGGUCCCUUCCCCAAUGACCCUAAGGCAAUGUCCCCGGAGUUCAAGCAAAAGGGAGAAUACCACAUUCAAUUGAUUAAAUUCCCUCUCGCUGAUGCCAAGGUCCCAGUUGCCAAACGCCUCGACACACCCCACUUCGGUUUCCAAGAACCUAUCAAGCAAGAACAUGUUACUUUCUCGAACGUCUACGCCACCGCGGGCAAAGAGAUCGAGCAACCGAAAUUUAGCGGCUCGAAAAGCAAGAAAAUCAAGCGCAGUGACUGA